AUGAGAGAUGGAGACGCAAAGGCCCUGGCAGGCUCAGACUCAGUGCACCCAUCGCCAGAGAGGCUUUGGGUAGGGCCCGAGUUCAGCGAUCGACAGCUCGGCCAGCAGGGCAUCGUCCACACGCUCACAACCUGCCCCGCCGUGGCGCCAAACUCCCUCGUGGAGCUGAGGUCAUUUGGCCAACGUCUUUGGGUGCGCACUCCGCUUCACUGGGAACCCGGCACGGCCCUUACGACAUGGUAUGAGGUCGGCGAGGUGUUCCCGCUCUCCGGCAUCGUGGAGCCUCUCCCGCCGACCUUCUUCACCUGCUCUUGCUUCGGCUGGGGCGCCUCCGUUUUUUUCACCUUGGCAUUCUGCACGGCUCUAUGCGUGCUGCCCUAUGUGCUCCUGCCACCCCUUGGCCUUGCCCUGCUUAGUUUUGUGCCAGUGUUGGUGUUUGGAUCUUUCGUUCAGGUCUACUUCCACAAAUCCGUAAAGUUGUCCCAAAUGGCAAUCUCCUUCUUCGAAGCGAUUGCUUGGUUGAUUCCCCUCAUUGGCAUCAUUUUAAUCAUCUACUUCCCACUUGGAUGGCGAGAUUGGGUUAGCGACUGCGAAGAACUAUCAGCAUCAUCUUUGGCUUCGGCGGUUGAGGUGGAUUGCCUGGGCAAGCGUGCUAUCCAGGCGUAUCUGAUGACUGCCUUUCUCGAGGAACUUCUGAAGUAUGUUUGCGUUCGACGCAUCCUCUGGUUUCCGUUUGUUGCCGACCCUCUGGCCCUGUGUUGCUAUGGCGGCUGCGCAGGUCUUGGCUUCGCGGCAUUGGAGAAUGUCUUGUAUGUGGGCACAGGCAGCCUUGCUACAGCUUUGCUACGAGCGGGGACGGCCGUGCCAAACCACUUGAUAUAUGGCCUACUGCAUGGUGCCUUUCUCUCGGAGCGACGGUUUUCCUUAAAGCAGCGCAACUGCCCAUCCUUCAUCUUAACCCCGAUGCUACCUAUGCUAUUGCAUGGCAGCCACAACUUUUCCAUCGCAGUGCCCCUUGGCUUUAACAGGUGUCAGUAUGUCGACCUGCGGCUUGGCCUCGUCGUGAUGCUUCUGGUCGCCUUGUCUGCGGGUUGCACUCUGCGCGCAGCCUUGGUGCGGCUGCAGCGGCUGCACUUCCCCGUGCUGAAUGUCCACGAGCUAAUCAAACCAGGAUUGGUCGAUGCACCGUAUGGCUGUUGUUGCUGUCAAGGUGUUUGUGGCUGGGCACCGAAGACAACCCCUCCCUUUUUGAUUCCAGUGGAGUCGCAAGCCGGAGGGGUUCUGGAGCCUACUGUCGGUGAGGCCACACACGUUCGAGGAGUUGGCACUGGCACCUUCGAAGCCGCAGCAGACGAGCAGUGUUUGGUGGCCAGCCCACAGUGUGCGUGCACAGCGGGCAAGUGGUAUUUCGAGACUGUCAUUGGGCCGCAAACGUCGAGCUAUCGGAUAGGUGUUCUGCAGCUGGAGUCAGACCUGACCCAUCAGCCUGGAGGUAAUGACGAGAGUUGGGCCUUCGCUGCAGAAGGCAUAUGGCACGGAGGAAAACUGGUGCAGCAAAGGACUGUUCCGGGACAUGCAAUUCUCGGUGUGCUGCUGAACUUGGAUGAUGGGCUGCUAGCAUUCACAGUCGAUGGAGUCACCACGGAACAGGUCUCCAUCGAUGCCAGCGCAGCGUGGCUGCCGGCAUGGGGUUUUGCCGGCAUGCUGGGUAUCCGAUUGGAUGGACGAUUUGCCUUUGACCCACCGUCUGGAUUCUUGCCGAUUCGAAGAGCCGGAUUGCAGGAUGGGAAAGCGCUGCCACAAGUUGUUGGAAUUUUGCUGUCUGACAGCCAAAGCGAGCUGUAA